AUGGCUGAGCCAUCUGAUGAUAUCGAAGCAUGGGCCUCUAUGGAGAGUCUUUAUGACAAAGCAAUCCAGUCACCAUCUGAGAUAACUCAGGACGAGAAACAUUCUAUACUGGAAUGGCCCUCCUUGGAACAAAUGGAGGAGACAAGUCAAAAAUACGUUGGCAAGUCUUUGCAAGAUCUCAUUCACACAGCGGCCAAUGAUCCUCUCGCUCUCACGUAUCCGGAAUGCUGCUUGAUUAAAGACGAUUUCCAUAUAUUUAGGUCUCUUGAUGCUGUCAAAUACAGUAAUGACCGAAGGAAACGCAUGAUCGAGCGUCAGGACUUAUGGAACAAGUGGCAGCAGGCGCGGGCUGCUGUUUUAUCACCAGAUGAACUCAAGGCUCUUGAAAACGUCCAUGAGGUCUUUCUUGAGAAGCAAAAGGCUCACGCAGAGCCUAUUCUUAAAGCUGCACAGAGAUCCAAUCCUCAUCCGCCGGACUGGGUCCAGAGAAUCCUCGACCGUGAGGGCAAAGGCUGGGGUUAUGUGAUCUACCGUCCUUCAAUCACUCAUGAGGACGAAGGUACCAAGGAGGCAUGGAGAGCGUGCUGGGACAACUUUAAUGAACUUUUGAGUUUUCACCCGGUCAUGGUUAUUGGCGGUGAAGAAAUCCAAGAUUCGAAAACCAUUGAUUUUGUCGAUUAUGAACCGGAAGUGGGCGAAGUUGAUCAGCUUCGAAAGGACUUUCGCGACCGUCGAGACGGAGGCGGUCUCAAACCAGGUGUUCUUUCAAAUGUAUUCAUCAUUGUGCCCACCGAAUGUCGAGAUACCUAUCUGCGAGAAGAUAGAUAUGCUUGGGCUUGGGCUAUUGAUCCUGACUGGUCAUUACCGCGCCCAAGUGCUGACGGCUACGAUGGACGUGUCAAGGUUACCUGGGCUCAGCUGUUCAACAAAUUCUAUGAUCUCAUGUCGACCAAAAAGGUCACUUUGAAGGACAUCUGGGAAGAGUUCCAUGAGGUCAAUGAGAAGCUCCCUGAGCCAUUGCCUGGCUGGCUCUCCACAAAACUACCCAAAGUGGUUUGGCCAGAUAACUGA